GGAGAACAACUCUGAGGAUGGCUGACUUCUGCACCCUGAUCUCUAAACAGUGACCUCAUUGCCUUGUUCAGCUGGUGAGAAACUACAGUAAAAUGGAAGAGCCCUGGGCUAAGAAGAAGAUGCUGGGGCUUCGGUCAUGGUCUUGCUGCUCAUUUUUCCUCUUCUUGGUUCUGCUCUCUGCCAGCGUUCAGACUGUGUCCUUACCAGGACAGAGGCUACAGAUGCUCCUUUCACGACUGCUGCCCCUGGAGCCCGAGUCCACGCUGACCGAAGAGGACACGAAGGAGGGGUCCAGCUUCGGUCCUCAGCUGCUCUCCUCCACUCUCCCCUUCCUCCCGUCUGGAGUUAGAGCUGCCCGUCCAUCCCUCUGGCGCAAGAACCUCGCCAGUCGCAAGUGGGCACUGCCUGGAGACUGGGCCUGGAAGGCCAUGCCCAGGGGCUGCUUCGGGCUGAAACUGGACCGAAUCGGGACCUUCAGUGGUUUGGGGUGUUAGCUUUGGAGGGCGGCCGAGCCGGAGGGCAGCCAGCCUCGGGAGCCUGCACGGCUCGGGAACCAGCACCGGCUCGGGAACCAGCACCGGCUCGGGAACCUGCACGGCGCACCGCUGCGCGAAGCCCUGAAGCUCCCGCCCCGAACGCGGGAGGCUGCGGCAGCGAGGACGCGGCGCGGCGGUACGAGGAGGAGCUGCCCGGCUCCGCAGCUGCCCCCGCGGCCGCUGAAGCCCCGCUCCGCCGGCAGCCCCCUCCCUGCUCCCCGUGCCUGAGGACUCGCUCAUUAAACAAGCUGUGCUAAUUUGCCGCGUCCGCGCUCGGCGGUGGCUGUCCCC